AUGGGAAGAGGGAAGAUUGUGAUCCAAAGGAUCGAUGAUUCCACCAGUAGACAAGUCACUUUCUCCAAACGAAGAAAGGGUCUUAUCAAGAAAGCCAAAGAGCUAGCCAUUCUGUGUGACGCCGAGGUCGGUCUCAUCAUCUUUUCUAGCACCGGAAAGCUCUAUGACUUUGCCAGCUCCAGCAUGAAGUCAGUUAUUGAUAGAUACAACAAGAGCAAGAUCGAACAACAACAACUACUGAACCCCGCAUCAGAAGUCAAGUUUUGGCAGAGAGAGGCUGCGGUUCUAAGGCAAGAAUUGCAUGCUUUGCAAGAAAACCAUCGCAGACAAAUAAUGGGGGAGCAACUAAAUGGUUUGAGCGUGAACGAGCUAAACAGUCUUGAGAAUCAACUUGAGAUAAGUUUGCGUGGUAUUCGUACGAAAAAGGAACGAAUGAUGACCCAUGAAAUCCAAGAACUAAGCCAAAAGAGGCAGCUCAUUCAUCAAGAGAACCUCGAGUUAUCUAGAAAAGUACAACGGUUUCAUCAAGAAAAUGUGGAGCUCUACAAGAAGGCUUACACAGCAAGCGCAAACGGGGUUAUACACCGUGAACUAGCUGCCGCGGAUGAUGAAUCCAACACCCAGAUUCGACUACAACUAAGCCAACCGGAGCAUUCUGAUUAUGAGACCCCACCAAGAGCAAGCCAAUAA